CAUUGGAGGCUGCGGUGAAGGAGACAGUGGUGGUCAAUGUUAUUUGAGCACGAUCAGCAGACCCCGGAGCUUCCUCAGUGCACGAUGCAGAAGGCUGCUUACUAUGAAAACCCAGGACUCUUCGGAGGCUAUGGCUACAGCAAAGCCACUGACACUUAUGGCUACAGUGCCCCCCAUCAGCCUUAUCCACCCCCUGCUGCUGCCAACUCCCUGGACACUGAUUACCCGGGCUCUGCCUGCUCCAUCCAGAGCUCUGCACCUCUGAGAGCCCCAGCCCACAAGGGGGCUGAACUCAAUGGCAGCUGCAUGCGGCCUGGUACUGGGAACAACCAGGGUGGGGGUGGUAGCAGCCAGCCUCCUGGUCUGAAUUCAGAGCAGCAGCCACCACAACCCCCUCCUCCACCACCAACCCUGCCCCCAUCCUCACCCACCAAUCCUGGAGGUGGGGUACUUGCCAAGAAGGCCAAGGGUGGGCCCAAUGCUUCUGGCUCCUCAGCCACCAUCAGCAAGCAGAUCUUCCCCUGGAUGAAAGAGUCCCGACAGAACUCCAAGCAGAAGAACAGCUGUGCCACUGCAGGAGAGAGCUGCGAAGACAAGAGCCCGCCAGGCCCAGCGUCCAAGCGGGUGCGCACGGCGUACACGAGUGCACAGCUGGUGGAGUUGGAGAAGGAAUUCCACUUCAACCGCUACUUGUGCCGGCCACGUCGCGUGGAGAUGGCCAACCUGCUGAACCUCACCGAGCGCCAGAUCAAGAUCUGGUUCCAGAACCGGCGCAUGAAGUACAAGAAGGACCAGAAGGCCAAGGGCAUCCUGCACUCGCCGGCGGGUCAGUCUCCGGAGCGCAGCCCCCCGCUCGGCGGCGCCGCGGGCCACGUGGCCUACUCGGGCCAGCUGCCGCCCGUGCCGGGCCUGGCCUACGACGCGCCCUCGCCGCCCACCUUCGCCAAAUCUCAGCCCAACAUGUACGGCCUGGCCGCCUACACGGCGCCGCUCAGCAGCUGCCUGCCGCAGCAGAAGCGCUACGCGGCGCCUGAGUUCGAGCCCCACCCCAUGGCGAGCAACGGCGGCGGCUUCGCCAGCGCCAACCUGCAGGGCAGCCCUGUGUACGUGGGCGGCAACUUCGUCGACUCCAUGGCGCCCGCGUCCGGGCCCGUCUUCAACCUGGGCCACCUCUCGCACCCGUCUUCGGCCAGCGUGGACUACAGCUGCGCCGCGCAGAUUCCGGGCAACCACCACCACGGACCGUGCGACCCCCAUCCCACCUACACAGAUCUCUCGGCCCACCACUCGUCUCAGGGACGCCUGCCCGAGGCCCCCAAACUGACGCAUCUGUAGCGGCCGCAACCGGCCGGAAC